UAUGAAUUCUUCGCCGUGGAUCCGACGACUGUUGAACAGGCCGGAUAACGCGUUCAUGUGUGCCGUGGACGUGUCGUACAUCCGAGACAAGUUUAAUCUCGUCGGGCUGGAGAAAACAUUGCCGGACUACGAGACGGCGGUCCGCGUCGUGUUGAGCGACGCUCCGUAUUCACGCGUUACAGCCGAUGCCAACACUCAAUCGGUGGCCGAGAUGUUUUACGGUCUGGUACAUGCCCGGUACGUAAUGACACCUCGGGGCAUCGCCAAAAUACUCGAAAACUAUUUGGUCGGCUGUUUUGGACAUUGUCCGCGAGAAAACUGCAGACGUUCGGCCGCCUUGCCCAUAGGGCUCUGCGACGUGGUGGGAUCGGACACGGUGAGGAUCUAUUGUCCGCGGUGCAUGGACGUGUACGUGCCUCCGGCGGGGACGAGAGGGGCGGCCAUCGACGGCGCAUACUUCGGCACCGGUCUACCGCACAUGGUGUUUAUGACGCGACCGGAGUACAUGCCGCAGCGGCCUAGUGGUCGGCAUGUGGCCAAGCUUUACGGGUUCCGAAUUCACGAUUCUGCGUACGGCGUGCAGCGGAACGCGGCCACCCAUCAGCUCAGGCGAACCAUGCAACUACAGUCUGCCGGCUCCACCUCCGCCGCCGUGACCGCUUCCGCCGCCAACUGCGCCACAAUAACCUCUACCGGAAUUUCAUCAACCGCCGCGGCCGCCGACACUAUCGCUGACGUGCCAUCUAACGCAGGCGACCAAAAAUUACGCGUUUCAAACAUUAUUAACUCAUAUUAUAAUAAUGUCCCGUCAUCAAAACGAUAGUAAAACAAUAAUAAAAUCGCGUUUUCUUAAAAUAGUCUAUUAUUAUUAUUAUUAAUGCUCACGUUUAUAAAAUACAUUGCAUUUUCAAUACAUUUUAUCUGUCAUAUUUACUUAUCUCGUAUAACUCCGCGAGGGCUGAAUUGUGCAUAUGUAUUGCGAAAAUGUUCUGUUUUUUUAUAUUUAUAACUUUUUACGAGUACGCUGUAUUGUAUUCACUGUUGAAUAAUAAAUCAUUGUAACAAAACAUAAUGCUACAUUAAAAUCAAAAAAUUAUUAUUGUUAUAACUUGUUAAUAUAAUAAAUUUUAAAUACGAAAAAGAUUCUGAGCGAAAACAGUCAGCCUAAAAUUGAAAUAAAUUUUAUGAUAUAAUUAUA